AUGGACAUGUUUCCAACACAUCUCGAUGGGAUACCCAAAAACCGGUUGGAUCUGGUUAAUGAUUUAGAGUUACCAGAGGUAACUGUCUCUCCGUAUGUCUGGCAUCCCGAAGAAUCCUUGAGCAGCUGUUCGUCUCUUGGUCUUGAGGACGAUCAAACGGUAUCUUCGGAUUCGAGCUUGGCUCUAUCCCGGGCUAUGACUGAUUCUGAGAUUGAUUACGGAAGAUAUAAGAGGUUAAAAAACCGAAGGUUCAGUGACCCGUGGAUUGAAUUGAAGACAGCUUUAGAUGCCUUUCCUCCUCGGUAUCUAGAGUCUCUAAACAGUGUUCAAGAUAAUACAUCUGAAAGCACAGAGGCGAGUGUAGAAAGAAGGCGCUACUCUGAGGAGCUGCGACUGAAGAUGGAGAGGUUCUUUGAAGAAGAGUGUAGGGUGUUCAGUCCUGAUGACCCUGGUCUGCUUGCGUUGGAAGAAGCUUUAAGAAAUUGCAAUUUUAAGGAAUUAGAUUUGGAUAGCAGCCUGCCUUAA